AUGGCUGCGGUGAAGACAGCCGGGUCAGACCCCGGAUCAGAGUUAGUUCCUCCAGAGACAACAACGACAUCAACAAAAACACCAGAUACCACAACCACUACCACCGUCGAAGCAGCAGAAACAGAAGCAGCGACGGGAACUCCUAAAGAAUCCACUUUAUCCUCCUCCACCUCCCCCCUCACCUCUCCUACCACCAGCCCCCAACCUCCCUCAAUCCCCACAACCACAACCCGCCCCACAGCUACUGCUCCCCCAACUGCUGCUCCCCCAACUACUAAACGCUCUCUCACCCGCAAGCGAGCGGCCGCAAUCAACACGGAGCAGGCCAACCGCCCAGGAGGUCGUCGUCGUCAGCAGCAGCCUUCGUCGUCAACGUCGACCACGACGACGACUUUUGAUGCCAACGGGGGGUUGGUGUGUUUGUGUACGCCGGCGCCUAAGGUGCCUAGGCCGCGGAAUGCCUUCAUCCUCUACCGUCAACACCACCAAGCCCAAGUAGUCCAACAAAACCCAGGGCUGGCCAACCCCGAAAUCUCCAAGAUCAUCGGCGAGCAGUGGCGCGACGAGUCCGAAGAGCGCAAGAGCAAGUGGAAAGAACUCGCCGAG